GAUACAGCGAUGAUGGCGGCGGUGAUGGCGGCGCCCGUGGCCGCGCUCCGGGCCUGGGCGGAGGCGGCGGCGCGGGGGGAGGCGGCGGCGCGGGCGGCUCUGGCAGCCGCGACCCCGCUGCUGGGCUCGCUGGCCGCGCUGGCGGCGCAGAUGCGGGCGGCGCGGCGGCUGCCGUGGGACGCGACUGCGCUUGGCGCCUUCCCGGAGCUGCCGGCGCGGCUCUGGCGGAAGCAGCGCGGCGCGGCCGAGGCGCUGCUGGAGCAGCUCGGCGAGCGGCGGGAGGAGCUGCGGGCCGUGCGGGACGCCGUGGGGGCCGCCGGCAGCGCUGUGCUGCGGCUCGUGGAGGAGCGGGGCCCGGCCGAGCUGGGGCUGGCCGUGGUUCUGCGGCGGGGUCCGCGCUGCCCCUCGCUGGCCGACGUGCUGGAGGGGCUGCAGGACGUGGAACGCUACUACCGGCACCUGUACUUGGAGAGUAAACUGCUUCUGCAGCGGCUCAGCUUGGACAGCCUGGCAGACGUGGAAGCCCUGCCGCAGUCCUGGGAGAGGAUUUUGGAGCGUUACAAAGAGGAUGAUGUCGUUCAAGAUACACUCCUGAAGGUCUCACUGUUUGUGGAGAACCAUCACGAGGUGAGCUGCUCACCUGGCUCCUGACAGGCAGCAGGGACUGGCACUGCCCAGCUUCUGGCAUGUUCUGUGACGCUGCAGAGGGGAUGAGGAACUGAGGGAGCUCUCCUGAUGCUUUUUGGAAGCUGAAUGAGUUGAGUCUUGGCCUUAGCAUGAAGUGCUUGAACUGUACCAUUUUCAAGUGGAAAUGGCCUUGGUCUCUGAAGAAGAGGCUGAGCCAAAAAAGCCAUGGAGAUAGGAGUCACCUCCAGCUGUGGAACUUGUCCUUUCCCUCUUCUGACAGGCCUGUUUUGUGUCAUGGUAAAAAUGUUGAUACUUACAUGAAGUGCUGCAGGUGUGUGAGUGUAAUGGAGUCCUUCAGGCUGGUGCCAUGAAAGAUACUGGGGCUCUGUCCUUACAAAUAAAGAAAACAUGUCAGAUUAGGGUUUAGAAACAGUGCUCACCUCAUGUCUUUGAGCAGUGUGUUUGCAUUCAUCCCACCUGGGCAUGGAGGAGGAAGGAAGCAAAUCUGCCUUGAAAAUGUCAUUCCAGAGGUGCAGGAUGCCUGAGUUCUGACAUGGGCAGCUUUCAAGGGUGAGCAGUACACUGCUCUGUUACCACUGAAAUCAGUCUUAAAACAUCGCUGUCUGGUAGCCACUGCUGAGAGUUCAGGGACACCUUUUGGUGGCCUUGGCACUGAUCCUCUGAACAUUCCCAGGAAGCUGUGGGGUGUUUGUCUCUCAGCUGUGUAUUUGGUAAGGAGCUGCAGGGUGGCAUUUUCUGGGGUCCCCGUGGCAGGAAAGAAUGAAUCUGAUUCCAUGUUCUUAGAAGACUAAUUUAUUAUUUUAUGAUAUGAUAUUAAUUACUAUACUUAAGAGUAGAGAAAGGAUGCUUACAGAAGGCUUAACAAGAUAUUAAUGAGGAACCUGUGAGUCUCUCAAGAGUCCUGACACAGCUAGACUGUGAUUGGUCAGUAAGUAAAAACAAUUCACAUGUUGGAUAAACAAUCUCCAACCACAUUCCAAAGCAGCAAAACACAAGAGAAGCAAAUGAGAUAAUAUUGUUUUCUUUUUUCUAUGAGGCUUCUCAGCUUCCCAGGAGAAAAAAAAUCCUGGCAAAGAGAUUUUUCAGAAAAUAUAACAGUAGCACUGCAGCUUCUUGGAGAAAGCCAACAAAGAAUUGCAUGGGACAGGUUGUAGGUGUGGUGUUUGUGCUCAGAGUUCUGUGUCCCCAACCUGGGGUGUCCCUGUGGCCACCUGAGGGCACUGCAUGUCCCAUGAACACUGGGGGGGAGCAGGUCAGGGUGCUGGGGGUCCCAAGGGUGGGAAAGGGCUGGCUCAGGGCUAGGGCUGCCAGUGCUCCUGUCAGGGACAGGGGAUCGUGAGUUCUAGCUGCAGUUCUUCACACACAGAGUUGUAAUUGCAAAGAAAACCUGCUCCUGGUGUUGGCUGCCCUGCCUGUGGCAUUCACAUUCCCUGAACAUGAUUCCUUUACCCAGGGCCUUUCUCCUGGGAAGGUGAAAGGCAGCAAGAGACCUCAGAGAAAAGAAAAACAAUUCCUAUCUCAUUUGCCUGUUCUGUGUUGUGCUCCUUUGGGAUGUGUUUGGAGAUUGUUCACCCACAGGUGAUUGUUCCAUUGCAUUCUGCUGUGAGUUGUUUUCACUCUUUGGCCAAUCAGGGCCAGGCUCUGUCAGGAACUCUGGAAAGAGUCAUGAGUUUCCAUUAUUAUCUUUUUAGCCUUCAGUAUCUUUUCUGUAUUCUUUAGUAUAGUAUUCUUUAAUAUAAUAUAGUAUAAUAAAGUAAUAAAUUAGUCUUCUGAGAACAUGGAGUCAGAUGCAUCAUUCUUCCCUGCCACGGGGUUUGCUGUGCCUUUACAAUACCCUGCCCAGGGUGGAGGUGAGGUGGGUUCUGCUCCUGGUGGGGGCUCACGUGGCUGUGCAGCCUUGUGCUCCUUACACAGGGCUUGGAGCAUGGCUGAUGGCUGUGGGUGAAUCAGAGGUGUCAUCCUUGCUCAGGCCUUGCUGUGUCAUCCUUGCAAACCACUAGGUCAUGGUGAGCUUGGGUGCAGAAUUGUCCUUGCAUGUGUACAUGCAGUACAACCCUUCAACACCCCUCUUCUGUCAGCCUCUCUCAGGACAGCUGCCCAGUGAGCAAAUGGAUUUAAAUUCUGGGAGAUGUUCAGCACAGUUCAGUGGUGGCCCUUCUGCUUCUCCCAGAUGUUUGGCCCCUGAUGUCUGUCUUUGUGCUAACAAGAGCCCUGCUAAAAGUACUGAGGGAGCUUUCUGCAUUGGAAGUGGCCAUGCCCUGACUCUGACUGACUGAAAUGGGGUGAAGGAGGUGCUCAUUGAAGUUUUGGUGUGAUUAAUUGCUCUGUGCUGUUCCUGGGCCGUGUCAUCAGCUGCAUUUGUCUGCAGCACUCUGUGGGGUGCGAGUGAGUCUCUGCAUCAGAGCACUCUAAUUGGGAUCAGCUGUGGGCUUGUUCCACUGCAGAUCUGCAUCUUCUGUCAGGAUGGCUGCCAGAGACCCCAUAGCUGAGAAGGACAUGGUUCCUCAUGUGUGCAGAGCUCCCUUCAGCCUGGGAGCCACUGUGGCUUCGAAGGUUCCCCCAUGCACAGAGCCAGGGUGGCAUUCAGCCUUUCAGUGUCACACGUGUCUGCAGGCAGGUGCAAAGGCCACUCCUGCUCCUCCUUGCCUGACAGCCUGCAGGGCUGAGCCAGACCCUUGCUCACAGCACAGGGAUGUCUCUGGGUGCCAGAUUUCAGCACCUUCCUGACUACUGGGACAGGAGGGAGGUGAGAGAGCAGCAGCUGCUGUAGCUGCCUGGGGAGCCAAAUGCAGGGUCAGGGUGGUGCCUUUUCCUUGGUCCUAAAGUUAAGAGCCAGACACAGUUAAGGGAUAAAGGGUUUUUAUCUUGGUAUUUAAUAAGGAUCCUUGUGGUGCAACACUUCAUCAAGGUGGACUACACUGAAAUGUACACCCAAGAGAUUGUGUAUACAAUUUAAUAGAUUUUACAAAUUACUAUAUCUAAUAAAGAUGCUUUAAUGAGAGGCUUGAAUGAACAGUGUGACAUUUUCUCAUCUCAAAAUAUUCCCUCUUGGAUGGGCUUAAUCUUAGUUUAUAUGAUGUAUUUUAGAUGGGACCUUGGAUUUUCAAGAUAGCAUAGGGCUUUCCAGCUUUCAUCUACAAGGCCUUUAGGAUGUUUGGUUUUCUGGUUUAGCAGAAUGCCAGGAUUAUAUUAAAUUAUCAGAUUUAAGGAGUUACAAGUAUGCUGAGAGCAUUGAGAAUACAUAAAAGAUAUAGAAAAGAUCUAUAAAAUAUAUAUAAAAGGCAAAAAUUCAUCAUGGCAUCAAGGGACUCCAGCCUGUGCUGUGUCUUAGUGAAGCUAUGGGUUAGGCAGCACUAAGGGCUCUGAGACCAACUGGUAAAAUAUAUAUAACCAUAAAACUAAAUCCAAGUACCUUUAUUUUUGGAGUAGAGCUCUUAAAGUAUUCUUGCACAGAGAUCUGUCUUUGAGGAAUGCAAUAAAAUGCAGUUAGCAGCUGCAGCUACCUUGUUAAGGGAAAAUUGUCAGGAAACACAAAGCUCACACUUUGAUUUUCAGCUUUACCUCCUGCCAACUCCAUUGGAAAACAGUUAUUCUUCACUUACAGGAAAAGCACAAACUAAAUUCAGUUACUAAAUUCAAAUGCCCACAAACAUUUAUAAGAGCACCUUACUUGUGUAUGGUUGAUUUUUUCCUCCCAUAAGGGUGGGCACUGGCUUCUGGUGCAGUGAGGCCUUUUCAGUUCUGCUUAGAAAUGGGCACCUGCUCUUGGUAACACCAGACUUCCAAAACAAACCCAAAAGCUUUGCUUCAGCAUAAGUUCAUGGAUUUGAAACAGAUUGCAAAACUGAGUGUUACAAGAGCCCACAGUUAUGGAGAAGACAAAGGAUUUGGCACCUGAAGUGGAGUGUAAAGUGGCUCAGGGGCAGAAAUAUGUGAUAAAAAGCUUUGUGAUUAAUUUAAUAAACCAAGUAUGGGUUUCACAA